GCGUUCGUCGCUCGUCAUGUCUGCUGCAAAGUAAUCGAAAUGGAAUCGCGCUGCUCGGACACGGAUAGCGAGGAGCAGCAGCAGGAACCUCUUCUUCAACGCGGACGAAAGGACAAAAUCCAGCCGGUGUACGGCGGAACCCGAGAGAAGAGGAGUAAUUCCCUACGGUGUACCCCGCAGAAACUGACGAGCUGCUGAAUGGCGUACUUAAGAGAUCUUGAAGAAAAAAAAACUCCAGCAUGUUGCUCGGCACGCUACGGCCUGGCCCUGCUGUCCUGCUUCGGUUUCUUCGUGGUCUACGCACUGCGCGUCAACCUGAGUGUGGCCAUGGUGGACAUGCUCAACACCACUAAACAAGAGCAACACAACCACAGCGGCUCCGUGUGUCCUGCCCAUCCCAGCCCGGCGCGGCCCAAACACAACCACACAGCCAGCCUGUACAACUGGGACUCUGAGACGCAAGGCUGGAUUCUGGGCUCGUUCUUCUAUGGCUACAUCCUGACACAGAUCCCCGGGGGUUACCUGGCGAGCCGCUUGGGGCCCAAGUGGCUGCUGGGUUUGGGCACCCUGGGGACGGUGAUGUUUACGCUGCUCACCCCCUUGGCUGCCGACCUGGGCGCCAGCUACCUCAUAGCCGUCAGGGUCCUGGAAGGCGUCGGGGAGGGUGUUACCUUCCCAGCCAUGUACAGCAUGUGGGCAGCAUGGGCUCCGCCCCUGGAGAGGAGUCGUCUUCUUACCAUCUCCCAGAUCGGAGCCCAUAUCGGGACGGUGGUGUCGCUUCCGCUCUCAGGUGAAAUCUGCUUCUACCUGGACUGGACCUAUGUCUUCUACAUCUUUGGUGCAGUGGGCCUGUUGUGGUUCAUGCUGUGGGCAUUCCUGGCAUUUGACAGUCCAAACAGUCACCCGUGGAUCUCGGAGCAGGAGCGAGUCUACAUCACGGGCUCACUGAAGAAGGAGCUGUCACCACUGGUCCAACACAUUCCCUGGCGAGCCAUUGUGACGUCGCGGCCUUUGCUGGCCAUUGUGGUGGCUCACUUCUCGUACAACUGGACUUUCUACACCCUCCUCACCCUCCUGCCUACCUACAUGAAUGACGUCCUGGGCUUCAGCAUACAGCAGAACGGCUUGUUGUCGGCUCUGCCUUACCUGGGUUGCGCCAUGUUCACCUUGCUGAGCGGCCAGCUGGCCGACUACCUGCGGGAAAGGUGGCGCUACCCAACCGUCGCGGUCCGGAAGUUUUUCUCUGUCGUGGGUAUGAUCGGACCGGCCGUCUUCUUGGUGGCGGCCGGUUACACGGGAUGCAACUACACUUUGGCGUUGACUUUCCUCACCAUCUCCUCUUCGCUGGGUGGACUGUCGUCGUCCGGCUUCAACAUCAACCAUUUGGACAUCGCCCCUUCGUACGCGGGGAUCCUGCUGGGCAUCACCAACUGCUUCGCUACCAUUCCUGGGAUGGUGGGACCAGUCAUUGCAAGAAGCCUCACUGUAAACAACACCAUCGAAGAAUGGCAGACGGUCUUCUACAUCGCGGCGGCCAUCAACAUCUUUGGCGCCACCUUUUACAGCAUCUUCGGUCGAGGCAACGUGCAGCCCUGGGCCAUCCACGCCGACUCCUACACCGCCCAAGACUAAGACCAAAGCACACUUACGUAAGAAGAAAGCAGAGUUCAGUCGAGAAUUUACUGUCUUAACAGUCAACCCCCACUUAUUGCAGGGGAGAAGUUCCAAACCCACUUUUUGAUGUCGUGGAGUUGAACAACCGCAAUAUAAUGGGAUUUCACUUAACUACCGAAAGAGCUGGGAUAUUUUAUAUUUUGUUUUUAGCCCUUAUAUUGUUCUCGCUACCUUUCACACAAUUAUGUGGGUGAAAACCUGCUUUUGAAGGGGUGUGUGAAGGGGGCUAGUCACCUCCUAGAAUCUUAAUUUCUAGUCUGGUAACUUAUGGAAUCGCCAAUUGGCAGCUUGUUUCGCUUAGCCCCUUUCACAACAGCUGACGGGCUUUAUCACUUUGUGCCUUUCAUACAGACACCUCAGUUUAUGAUUAUUUUUUUUCUGAUUAUUCUUUUGGGCUGUGCCAAAAUAUAUUGUUUCCGGAUCAAAAGGGGCCUCUUGAUUUUUAUUUUAAAGAGUGGAUACGAAGAUGCAACUUUUUAGUGUUUUGCAAUUCUCUGGUGUGGCAUCAUGGAAUUAAAAGGGAUCACUCCGUUUUAUUUAAUAAUUUAAAGCGGGCAUUUUUUUUUUAAGUACACAAAAGACAGAAGUUAGCUUUUAAAUACUUUAGUAUUAGAAAUGACAAGACAGUCUACUUUGCACAUUUGCCAGAUGUCACCUCUUGACCGGUUUUGUACUUGUGCCUUAAGCUUUUGAACAUGGUCGCACAAAAAAAAAAAAAAAAUCAUGCACAAUAUUUCUUGAAGUGAGAAUGAAUGUAUACAAAAUGGAAUCACUGUAAAGCAGUGUUGUGCAAACGUUUUAUGAAACCUGCUAAAAUCAGUCUUUGGAAACCCCUGUUUAUGUAAACUUGCAUAUAAAGAGGUUUCAAAAUCA